AUGGCUUCAAUAAUGGCUGAUGAUGAUUCGAUGAGUGAUGAUGAACAACUUGAUAUUCCGAAUAAUACAAAACAUAUUAUAUCAAUUCGAUUUGGUCAAUUUGAUAUUGAUUGUUGGUUUCAUUCACCAUAUAUUGAUGUAGAAGAUGGUUCAAAUGAAAAAGAUCGUACCAUUGAAAAGUUAUAUAUUUGUGAAUAUUGUUUACGAUAUUUUCUUAAUAAUAAAAAAUAUCGACAACAUAUGAAUGAAUGUAAUCGACGCCAUCCACCUGGUCGUAAAAUUUACGAAGAUCCUGAUGGCCUAUCUGUAUAUGAAGUGGAUGGAACUGCAUCACAGCUUUAUUGUCAAUGUCUUUGUUUAUUAGCGAAAUUGUUUCUCGAACGAAAAACAAUUUAUUUUGAUGUUAAUCCGUUUCUUUUCUAUGUUCUUGUUGAAUCGGAUAAACGUAUAAAAAAUGUUCAACAUAUAAUUGGAUACUUUUCAAAAGAAAAACUUAGUGAUGAAUUUUAUAAUUUAGCAUGUUUAAUGGUAUUACCACAUCGUCAACGACAAGGUUUUGGUCGAUUUUUAAUUGCAUUAAGUUAUGAAUUAACCAAAUUGGAAAAGAAAACAGGUUCACCAGAAAAACCAUUAUCAGCACUUGGUCAAAUGACAUAUAAAAGUUAUUGGCAUUCAACAAUCUUAUCAAAACUUGACGAAUAUCGUCGUUUACAAAUUCAUGCUACUGUUACGCAACUCAGUAUGGAUACUGGAAUUUGUAUUGAAGAUGUUAUUCAAACAUUAAUUGAUCUUCGUUUAGCACAUACGAAAAAAUCAACAAAUGAGAUUAACUUGAAACAACAAGAAGUACGAAAUCGUCGUCGUCAUCAACAAUGUGAUAAUAACAAUAAUAAUCUUGAUUUAUCAUCAAUAUUAAUUAUUGAUGCUGAUGCAUUACGUACAGCUUUGAAUAAUUCAUCAACGAAUAAUUUAUCAUCAAAAGAUAAUCAAAAUAUAUUUGAUCCAACAUAUUUACGUUUGAUUAGUAGACGAUAA